AUUAUUGGUCAACCAUGUCAUAUCAGUUGCCUUAAAGCAAGAAUCUGCCUUGGUUUAAGAGAUUCGUCUCUCUAAUGACAGUGAGAUUCGCCUGUUUUUUUCAAACAAUAGUAGCAAAGAGAUCUAUGUUAGCUUCAAAUUGAACACAUGAAGGAGGGGGAGAAAAUACCAGUACUAGAGAGAGAGAGGGGGAAAAAGGGAAUGGCUUCGUCAUCAGCGGCUUCGGGAGAUGGAGACAGAGAAGAGACUGUAUCGUUGAAGAAGAAGAAGAAAGAUGGGUUGGGGUGGAUCGAAUGGCUAAGGGGUUUGUUGUCCGUAGUAUACGAGGUUCUGUUCCAGAGGAUCAUGGCCAGCCACUUGCAGAACCCAAUGCCUCUGCCGCCUCUCCCCGACAUCACCUCCUGCAUCGUCACCGGAUCCACCAGCGGUAUCGGCCGUGAAAUCGCCAGGCAAUUGGCAGAAUCAGGCGCUCAUGUUAUUAUGGCAGUGAGAAAUCCAAAAGCAGCUCAUGAGUUGAUCCAGAAGUGGCAGGAGGAAUGGUCUGGAAUGGGACUUCCUCUUAAUAUUGAGGUGAUGGAAGUUGAUCUUCUCUCCUUGGAUUCUGUCGUGAAAUUUGCUGAAGCAUGGAAUGCACGUUCAGCACCUUUGCAUGCUCUCAUCAAUAAUGCUGGGAUAUUUGCCAUUGGAGAACCACAGAGAUUCUCAAAGGAUGGAUACGAAGAACACAUGCAAGUGAAUCAUCUUGCCCCAGCACUGCUUUCAAUUUUACUUUUGCCAUCCCUUAUCAGAGGUUCUCCAAGCCGGAUUGUUAAUGUGAAUUCCAUUAUGCACCAUCUUGGAUUUGUUGAUACAGAAGAUAUGAAUUUUGUCUCUAAGAAGAGAAGAUAUACAAGUACAUCGGGAUACUCAAGCAGCAAAUUGGCACAGGUGAUGUUCAGCAGUAUUCUCCAUAAGCGGUUGCCUGCUGAAGCUGGCAUAAGUGUACUUUGUGUAUCUCCUGGAAUUGUCCAAACCGGUGUUACAAGGGAUCUUCCCAAAAUUGUUGACGCUGCUUAUCAGCUAGUACCGUACUUUAUCUUUAAUGCUCAAGAAGGUUCUCGAAGCGCACUAUUUGCUGCAACUGAUCCUCAGGUUCCAGAGUAUUGUGAGAUGUUGAAAGCGGAUGAGUGGCCCGUCUGUGCUUUCAUAUCUCAAGAUUGCAGACCGACAAAUGCUUCUGAAGAAGCACACAAUGUCCAAACUUCUCAAAAAGUUUGGGAGAAGACACUAGAGAUGGUUGGCCUUCCCUCGGAAGCAGUGGAGAGGCUGAUACAAGGGGAACAAGUUGAAUGCAGAUAUGGCAAGGCUGAUCAACAGUAGAUAUUUCUUCUUCUUAUUUUCUCUCUCUCAAACUUGACGCAGCUGGUAAUAUGAAAAUGAUUUCUGGCGACUACAUUCUUGCCCCCCAGGCCGAGCUAAACCAUGCGGUGGCGAUUCUCACUGUUUUGCUAUGUAUUACUUAUGAUGGUUUUGUCCUCAUUUUCAUUCUUCUUUUAUGAAAUUCUGAGCUGAAUUUUUUCCACUUGACUUCGUCUAUUCCUCUGUAUCUGUAUGAAGGUUUUGCCAACAAUUAAUGGGAAACACGCCUUCGGUGGUUGAUGACGGCAAUCGCAUUCAUCGUGUAA